CCGAGAAGCUUGAAAGAAGUGCAACACAUUACGGGGUGACUUGAUCACAACACUGAACAUAUUCGAACUUCUGUGGGUGGGUGGGUUUCUGACACACUGUGGGUGGAACUCGAUAAUGGAGAGUCUCAACUUCUCCGUCCCGAUCAUCGCCAUGCCCAUCCACCUUGAUCAAGCCAUGAACACUAAGUUUCUAGUGGAGAAGGGCCUGGCAAUAGAGGUCACGAGGGACGGAGGAGGAAGGUUUUCAAGGACGGCAAUAGCUAGGGCGGUGGAGGAGGCUUUUAGUGGGAAGAGAAGUGAGGCAUUGAAGAUGAGGGUUAAGGACAUGAGCAUUAGGUUAAAGAUGAAACGGAGAGAGGAGAUGGACAAUGCUGCGCAGGAAUUGAGAAAACCUUGUGCCGAGAUAGAGAAAGUGUAGUUCGAUUUAAAUUAUUUACAACCAAUUGCCAAAUAAUCGUACUUCCUCAAUUUUCUUCCCAUUUGAGCUUAUUGAUCGGUGUUGUUAAGGUUUUUCAAUGCACAUUGGAUAAAACAAUAUACAUGAUAUGCACAUAUUUUAUACACUUUUUAAGCAUAUUUUGAAGGAGUUUUGAGUCCCAAUUGAAUUUAAUGUUUAUAUUUUAUUUCAAUUUUCCAUUUUAUUUGUGUAGAGCGGUCCUAUGCUUGGUUUUAUAUGUUUUGUAGGUAUUUUGAGGCCAUUUGGACGCAUUGAGAACAAUUUCAAGAACGGAAAAUAAACAUGGAAGUUUGGGACCAAAAUAAAUUGAAGAGAAUUGAAGAAAAGAAGGAAACAAAU